AUGAGCGGUUCUAAGGAUAACAACAACAGGUUACAUGCGUUACAUUCGAAUGGUACUGCAGCAAGUGGACAGGAUCACGUGUACCAUGUAUUCAGUGUUGAUGAUGACCCCAAUGAGAUUGAACACGAUAUAAGGUAUCUGGAAGGUCUUCACGAUGGGUUAAAGUAUACGCUUAAUAAUAAAAUCUCGAGAGGUGGGACUCCGCAGAAUGCUCUACCACCUAAUGCAGAUUUUAAUGACAGUCAUAGUGGGGGCAACACAAGUAACAGUAGUUAUAAACGCAAAACAAAUAAUCAGCAACAGGGUCAAUUACGUGAACGCCCAUCCAAAGUGAAAAUUUUGGCUCCCGUAAAACCAGAUUCUACGGAUAGCUCUAGAAAUGCGCAACACGGUGACGGUCAAGGUGGUGGUGGUGGUGAAGAUGGCGGAGAUAACGGAUCUAGAGGUACACACCAACAACAUGAACAUCAACAUCCUGCAGAUAAACUUUUGCUCCAUGAUUAUGACGAUGAGACGGGUUCUCAGCACAAUUUAAUGAUUGGGAAUCCUGAUGCAACGGAUGAAGAAAAUGGACCAUCAAGUGAUCAAGUAUCGGUAGCAGAUUCAUUGGAAUCUUAUACUUUAAGAGAGAGGCAACAUGCCAUUAACGAAACCCACCCUUUUGGUAUUAGGAUUUGGAAACCUGCUCUUUAUAAAAAGAAAAGAUCUGUACAAAAGGUAGCUGAUGAGGAUAUUCAUGAAACUCACUUGAAGACAAUUACCUGGUGGGUUCGAAUCUCAAAUAUUCUCUGGUCCAUCUCAUGUGGUCUUUUCCUAUUUCUUAUGACUGUUGCAGUUUCACUUGUGGUUCUUGUACUUGGUCUUUUCACUUGUUCUGCAAGAGAAUAUUCAAUUGUCUUGUGGAGGCUGGCCUUUUAUCUGAUUUGGCCAUUUGGUAAAGUUGUCUACUUGAAUUUCGAUGAACAAUAUAUGCAAGAAGAUAAGGAUGAAGGUAUAAGUGCACAACAAUUUUACAAGUGGGUUACUACAUAUAGCAACCGGCUUUUUUUCCACAGAUCUCAAACUCAAGACAACACGCCUUUAUUAGGUGACAACCAGACGAGUAAUGAUGUCAACUCUGAUAAUCGCUGGCUCAAUGAGAAUCAACAUCCAAAACCUUCCUAUGGAUCUACUGAAUCGCAUCAACAGCAACAGCAACCGCAACAGCAACAGGAACAAGACUCCGAUGAUACUGGCCGUCCACCUUCAUCAAGAACCGCUAUACAAAGAAGAUAUUUUGGUAGAGGUAAGUGGACUUGGGGGAGAUUCAUAUUUUACACCUGCUUCUACUUAAUUUUACAACCUAUUGUAUGCAUCUUUGCACUAAUCACUUGGUUAACAGUUUUCACAAUACCCAUGAGUAAUAUCCUUUGGAAUUUGAUGUACCAUUUCAGAAGACACCCCUUAGCAUUAGGAUUUAAAAGUAUUAAAAAUAAAGCAAAACCUGGUGAAACUAUCGCUAGUGGUGAUAAAGAUAGCAGAAGCAUCCUACUCUGUACAUUUCGUUGUGCUGGUUGGCACUAUUACAAAUUUACAGUUGAUGGUACGAACGUUAUCGUGAUGAAUUUGGUGACCUUAGUCUUUUUCACCAUCUUCGAUUUCUAUGCAUUGAAAAAACUUUUAGGGUCAUACACAUGGAUAUCUAACGAUAAUGCAAUUUUCACUCUUUGCCUAGCAUCAAUUAUACCACUUGCAUUUUACAUUGGUCAAGCAGUGGCAUCUAUUUCAGCUCAAACUUCAAUGGGUCUCGGUGCUGUAAUUAAUGCCUUCUUUUCUACAGUGGUUGAAAUCUUUCUUUACUGCGUGGCGAUAAGACAGGGCAAGGGACUUGUCGUGGAGGGUUCCAUGAUUGGGUCAAUUCUUGGCGCCGUUCUUCUUUUACCAGGAUUAUCCAUGUGUGGCGGUGCAUUAAAGAGAAAGACUCAACGUUAUAAUCCCAAGAGCGCAAGUGUAUCAUCUACUAUGUUAAUCUUUUCCAUGAUUGUCAUGUUCGUCCCCACGUUGCUAUAUGAAAUCUAUGGUGGGUACGUGGUAAAAUGUGAUGAUGGUAAACGUUAUGACUUGAGUGUAUCGAGUGUUGGUAAAGCGCUAAGUUCUCACAGGUGUACUUUUUCACAUCCGCCAUUAAAAUUUAACAAAAUGUAUACGCAUGUGAUUGAACCUAUGUCAGUUUCAUGUGCGGUAGUGCUUUCAUUAGCCUACUUGAUCGGACUUUGGUUUACUCUAAGAACUCAUGCGGUAAUGAUUUGGCAAUUCCCCAUUAGUGAACAAAAUAAAGAAGGCAGCCGGAUAUUAGAACCGGCUCAAUCUAAUACCGGUGGUGGCGAUACCAAUGAAGCUAAUGCCGACGAAAGUGGCGGUCAUGAAUCUCCCAAUUGGUCAAGAGGUAAAUCGACAUUCAUCCUGUUAUUUGCUACUGUACUUUAUGCUAUAAUUGCAGAAAUUUUAGUUUCAUGUGUUGAUGGUGUAUUGGAAUCGUCUUCAUUAGAUCCUAAAUUUUUGGGAUUGACCAUAUUAGCUUUAGUGCCCAAUUCGACAGAGUUUUUGAAUGCCAUUUCGUUUGCUACCCAUGGUAAUGUAGCACUUUCCAUGGAAAUUGGCAGUGCAUAUGCAUUGCAAGUAUGUCUUUUACAAAUUCCCGCCCUUGUGGUUUAUUCAAUUUGGUAUACAUGGAACUGGAAACAUUCUACCAUUAGCAUCAGAGACCAGAUGUUUGCACUUGUUUUCCCCAAGUGGGAUCUAAUUGCUACCGUUGCUAGCGUCUUUAUGUUUACCUACCUGUAUGCAGAGGGUAAAUCCAAUUAUUUUAAAGGGUCCGUAUUGAUUCUAUUAUAUGUGAUUGUCAUUUUCGGAUUCUACUUCCAAGGGCUGGUUGAUAAUUGGGAUUCCAUUGAAGUAAAUCAUUAA